UAAAAAAUAUAUUAUAUAUUUGUACCUUGUAGCAACUAUGUGUCUAUGUUCUAUUUAGGUACCUAUAUGACUAUAUUUAUUUUAUUUUGUUUAAAUGUAUUAAUAGUAUUCCCAGAUGAUCCAAGUUCCAGUGUAAAUUGUGACGAGCCAGUAGAACAGAUCAUGCAUAACUCGAGCUUUUUAAAAGAAACUGUAUUCCCAGAUGAUCCAAGUUCCAGUGUACAUUGUGAUGAGCCAGUAGAACAGAUUAUGUCUUACUCAAGUUGUUUAAAUGAAACUGGUAGGUACAAAUGUUUAUAUUAAUGUUAUUUUAAUUGUAACAAAACAACUUUGAAUAUCUAUUUUUUUAAUGUAUUACCUUGUUACAGAACGGCCAAACACUUUAUCAUUUGAUCCAAAGUUAUUUACUUUGGUAAAGAAUUUAUCAAUUGAAGAAAAAAUGUCUUUAAUUCGUAAACCAUUUCAGCCUGAGAAGCAUGAACUUCCUGGUGGAAAUUUUCCUCAAGAGCAUGGACAUCGUUUUAAUAGUAAUCAGUAUUAUAAAUCUUUGCCAAAUGGUGGUCGUCUUUGGAGGGAUUGGUUGAGCUAUUCUCUGAGUAGUAAACGAUUUUAUUGUUUACACUGCAUGUUCUUUGGGAAAAAUGCUCAAAAAUCUUGGAUUUAUGAUGGAUUUCAUGCAUGGCAACGUCUUAUGGAUAUAAGUGUACAUGAAAAAACAGAAGUUCAUAUCAAUGCUUCAAUUGUUGUAAAAAUGAAAUGUUCAUCAAUGGCUGUUCUUCCACAAAUGUAUGCAAGUAAAAGAAAUCAAGUAGCAGAAAAUCGUGAAAUAGUUCAUAUUUUAAUUGACAUAAUACUGUUUCUUGGACAACAUUCUUUACCAUUUCGGGGUCAUCGAGAAGGCUGGUCUGAGCAAAUAAAAGGCAAUUUUAAAGACUUGGUAAAACUUUUAUGUAAAUUUUCUCCUACCUUGGCUGUUUAUAUAGAUCGUCUUCAAAUACAUGGAAGAAAUCAAAUUAACUUCAUCUCAUGGCAGAGACAAAAUCAAUUGAUAAAUUCUGUUUCAAAAUGUAUAAAAAAAUCUGUAAAAAAAGAGUUAGAUCGUAACAAUUUUUUUAGUGUUUCAAUUGAUACCACGUUUGAUAGCUCUAGAAGAGAACAACUGGCAUUUAUAAUUCGUUAUGUUUGUAUAAUUGAACAUUCUCCAGUUAUACGAGAACGUUUAUUUGGACUUAAAGAAACAUCUAAUACCACCGGUAGACAAUUAUUUUCCGUGUUCCAAGAUAUAUGCAUAGAAAAUGAUUUGGAUUGGAAAUUGCUGCUUGUUGGUCAAUCAUAUGAUGGAGCCAGCAACAUGCGGGGUGAAUAUGAAGGACUACAAGCUUUAAUCAGAGAAAUAAACCCAGCAGCGAUUUAUACAUGGUGCUAUGCACAUAGGCUUAGUUUGGUUGUUGUUCAAAUGUCAAGCUGUUCAGCUAAUGCAGUUGAUACAUUUGGGAAUCUUGAGCAGUUGUAUGCACUGAUUUCAACAAGUAAAAAGCGCGUAGCGAUAUAUGAAAAUAUGCAAAAAGAAAAAAAUCCUAAAGCAAGAGUGCAUAGACUUAAAAGAGUAGAAACCACUCGUUGGAUGUCAUACUCAUCAGCACUGAACACAGUAUUAUUAACAUACGACAUAGUUAUUAAUACAUUAGAACAGAUCAAAAUAACUGAAAAUGCAGACUUCAAAGCCAGAUCUAAAGCUACGGGCUUAAUAGAUUUCUUUUUGUCAGAAAGAUUUGUUUUGACAGCAAUCUGUUAUAAAAAUCUAUUCAAUAUUUUAGACCCAGUAACAAAAAUGUUUCAAAGUCAAGAUAUUGAUUUACUAGGUGCAGUAAAUAGUCUUCAAGCAGUCUCGAGCAGCAUCAAACGCUUGAGGUCAGAUGAUGCAUUUAACGACUUGUGCAAUGAAGCAACAAAAUUUAUGAAUAAAUCGGAGUUUACAUUCACUUCAUUACCAAUACAGCGUAGUAGAAAGAAAAAGUUAUUGUCUGGUGAAACAACUAAAGACCAUACAUUUAUUGAUCCUAAAUCCCACUAUAAAAUUAAAACAUACUUAAUUGCAAUAGAUUCAGCAAUUACUUGUAUUGAAGAACGCUUCCAUUCAAAAUCUCAAGAAUUAUUGAAAGAUAUUUCUUUAUUUUCUGUUUCAGUUCUGAAAAAAACAAAAUCUGACCCUAAUACAUUACCAAAUGAUGCAUUUAAUAAAUUUUGUAAUUUGUACAGCAAAUUUAUUAAUCAUACAGAGUUAAAAAAAGAAUAUAUAGAAUUUUCAAAAUUAUUUUCUUAUUUUGAAUCUACUAUGAUAGGUUCUCAAUGUUUACAUCCUAGUUCUGCAACUAGUGAUGAUAAAGAAAGUUCUUCAGAUUUAGAAGACAGCGAUGAAGAAGAAGAAAAAGAAGAUACUGUUGGUCUAAAAAAAAACAAUAGCCAAAAUUUGGGAACACUUCUUCACGUAUUUAAGGUAUGUCAUACUUCCGGAUUACAGAGCAUUUUCCCGACAUUAUACAUGGCUCUUCAAAUCGCAUGUACACUACCAGUGUCUAGCACAACACCAGAGCGGACGUUCUCUAAAUUAAAAAUUGUUAAAAACCGAUUGAGGACAACAAUUAGUCAGGACCGCUUAGAGCAAUUAAUGAUUAUUUCUUGCGAAUCUGAUAUUGAUAUAGAUCAUAAUCAAGUUGUAGAUGAGUUUGCCAGUACUACAUCUGUAUUAUCAAAACAUCUAACCUAAUGUUUGGUAUUUUGGUAAACUGAAAUUAUAAUUUUUUAUUUUUUAUUUUAUGAAUAAAAAUCUCAAUAUGUUUUCAUAUUU